AGGAGUUUGUGUCUCUGGCUGAGAUGGAGGAUGCCUUGUUGAGGAACCUGUUUAGAGGGUAUCAGAAAUGGGUCCGACCCGUUCUGCACGCUAACGACACCAUCACAGUACGCUUCGGACUCAAGAUCUCACAGCUGGUGGACGUGGAUGAAAAGAAUCAGCUGAUGACUACUAAUGUCUGGCUAUGGCAGGAGUGGGUGGAUGUGAAGCUCCAGUGGAACCCUGAUGAGUAUGGAGGAAUCACCUCUAUCAGAGUUCCCUCUGAAACAAUAUGGCUGCCAGACAUCGUCCUCUAUGAGAAUGCUGACGGGCGUUUCGAGGGCUCCCUGAUGACCAAAGCCAUCGUGAGGUCAGACGGGACAAUCAGGUGGACCCCUCCGGCCAGCUACAAGUCUUCAUGCACCAUGGACGUCACCUUCUUUCCCUUCGACAGACAGAACUGCUCCAUGAAGUUUGGCUCGUGGACCUACGAUGGCAACAUGGUGGACCUGGUCCUUGUGGACCACUACGUCGACCGUAAGGACUUCUUCGACAACGGUGAAUGGGAGAUCCUCAACGCCACCGGCGCCAAGGGCAGCCGACGGGACGGUAUCUACUGGUACCCCUUCGUUACCUACUCCUUCAUCCUCAAGAGGCUUCCUUUGUUCUACACACUCUUCCUCAUCAUCCCCUGUCUCGGUCUGUCCUUCCUGACCGUGUUGGUGUUCUACCUCCCGUCUGACGAAGGAGAGAAGCUGUCUCUGUCCACGUCGGUCCUGGUGUCUCUCACCGUGUUCCUCCUCGUCAUAGAAGAGAUUAUACCGUCCUCCUCCAAGGUGAUCCCUCUGAUUGGAGAGUACCUCCUCUUCAUCAUGAUCUUCGUCACCUUCUCCAUCAUCGUCACGGUGUUUGUCAUCAACGUCCACCACCGCUCCUCAGCCACCUACCACCCCAUGGCCCCCUGGGUAAAAAACCUCUUCCUCCAGAGGCUACCCAGACUGCUUUGCAUGAGGGGACACACUGACAGGUACCACUACCCAGACAUUGAGCUGCGUAGCCCAGAGCUGAAGCCCCGCGGAGGUCCAGGGAGGAGGGGGGCGUCGGGCCAGGGCCAAGCCCAGCAGAGAGGCCCUGUCGGGGGGAAGGAGGAUGAGAACCAUGCCUGGUUGGCCAUGCUGGAGAAAGCCACCAACUCAGUACGGUACAUCAGCCGUCACAUCAAGAAGGAACAUUUUAUCAGAGAGGUGGUGCAGGACUGGAAGUUUGUGGCUCAGGUGUUGGACAGGAUCUUAUUGUGGGUGUUCCUCACUGUCUCCAUACUGGGUACCAUCCUCAUCUUCACUCCAGCCAUCACUUUGUACCUGACCACUCCCCCCUUCAACACAUAGACCCUAUCAGUAGACCCUAACCCAUAUAGACAUAAUCAGUAGACCCUAACCCCUACACCCUACCACCUACACCCUACCACCUACACCCCCUACACCCUACAACACAUAAUCAGUAGACCCUAACCCCUACACCCUAACCCUUACACCCUACAACACAUAAUCAGUAGACCCUAACUCCUACACCCUAACCCUUACACCCUACAACACAUAAUCAGUAGACCCUAACCCCUACACAAGGGUUCUUCUAUGUUGGUCCUGAUGGGCCCAAACACUUCUGGUUUUCAUCCUCUCCUUCUAAUAAGGGACUAGUUCAGUCCUGGGACACCAGGUGAGUGCAACUGACUAGAAUUGAACAGCCCUGCCCUACACCCUAAGCCCUACACUCUGCCUAUUUCAGGGGUAUUCAAAUCUUACCCAACGAGGUCCGGAGUACUGCUUGUUUUCAGAUUGUUAUUUGAGGGCUCUACUCCCUAACCCAGUGUUUCCCAAUCCUGGUCCUAUGGACCCAGAAGGGUGCACAUUGUGGAUUUUCCCCAGCACCUACACACCUGAUUCCACUAAUCAGGUUUGCAGUGUGUUGGUGCCAGUAGUGUAAAGUACUAAAGUCAAAAUACUGGUUGGUGCUGGGACCAGGACCAGGAUCAGUAAACACUGCCCUACCCCCUACACCCUAACCCCUACAACCUACAUCCUAACCCCUACAUCCUAACCCCUACAACCUACAUCCUAACCCCUACAUCCUAACCCCUACACCCUACAUCCUACCCCCUACACCCUAACCCCUACAUCCUAACCCCUACACCCUACAUCCUAACCCCUACAUCCUAACCCCUACACCCCACAUCCUACCCCCUACACCCUAACCCCUACAUCCUAACCCCUACACCCUACAUCCUAACCCCUACAUCCUAACCCCUACACCAUACAUCCAACCCCCAACACCCUAACCCCUACAUCCUAACCCCUACACCCUACACACUAACACCUACAUCCUAACCCCUACACCCUACAUCCUAACCCCUACACCCUACAUCCUAACCCCUACACCCUACAUCCUAACCCCUACACCCUACAUCCUAACCCCUACACCCUACACACUAACCCCUACAUCCUAACCCCUACACUCUACAUCC